AUGGGGUUUGACAAAGUAAAAGCUGCGCUGCUAUCCCUCAAUCUGUUCGUCGGGGCUCGGGCUUCAACUUCAUUAUCCUGCACGAAAGAAACAUUUGCCUCUCUGACUUUGGAUGCCAUUCAUGUGGCCUCUCUCAAUGUCACUGCCGCUAGCGGCCUUCCAAUUAGCGGGUACUUGAGUACCGACGACGACACCGGAAGCCGCAGGCAAAUGCCACUCACCGUGGAUAUUUGCUUGGUUACAUUGACAUAUAAGCACUCUGGAACGGGUGAUAAUGUCAACACGUAUAUUGGGCUUCCACUCAAUGCUGAAAACUGGAAUUCACGAUUCCUCAUGGAUGGAGGUGGGGGUUGGGUGGCAGGAGGUCAAGAGCAGGUUCUUACGCCUGUUGGGCUAGGUUAUGUGUCGUCCUCGACAGACGGAGGACACAAUGCAUCUGUCACUACAGCCGAAUGGGGACUGAAAGCUCCCGGUAAAACGAAUUGGCCUGCUCUUGAAGACUUCGCAAGCAGAGCUUUGCACGAAGCCGCUCUUCUGGGGAAGAUGGCUAUCAAGUUAUACUACAAAUCUGAGCCUCGGUAUUCCUACUGGAAUGGUUGCUCUACGGGUGGUCGUCAAGGCCAUAUGAUGGCCCAGAAUCAUCCUGAGCUCUUCGAUGGUAUAGUUGGGGCUGCACCAGCUAUCAAUUGGGAUAAAUUCAUCACGGCUGAAUUUUGGGGUGCUUUUAUGGCGAAUAUCCUUGAUGUUCAGCCUCCUUCCUGCGUGUUUUCGGCCUUUAGAGAUGCCGCAAUCAAGGCCUGCGAUCUUCUUGAUGGCGUCAAGGAUAAUAUUAUCGCCUUACCAGGCCAAUGUCACUUCCGAGCUUCUUCAAUUAUUGGCGAAAAUGUGAACUGUAUCGAGCCAAAUGGCAAGAUCACUAUCACGAAAAAGAUGUCAGAGCUGGUACAAGCCAUGUGGGACGGUCCACGAUCAGCAGAGGGCAAGUUCGAAUGGUACGGAUUUCACCAAGAUACAAACCUGUCGGCCAUUCUCUCCUCGUCAUGUACUUCGGUGGAUAGCUGCACAAUGGUGCCUUUUAGCAUCGCAGAUGACUGGGUAAAAGUAUUUCUAGAGCGAAACGCCAAUUUCGACACCAAAACGCUUACGCUUCAGGAUUAUACCCGUCUCUUCCACCAAUCUGUGGACCAAUAUGCCUCGAUAAUUGGUACGGAAAAGUCGGACUUGACGAAGUUGAAACGGGCCGGAACUAAGAUGAUUACUUGGCAUGGCAUGCAAGACCAAUUGAUCAUGACCAAUGGCACUGUUGAUUAUUACAAUCGUGUCAUGAGCGGCGAUCCCGAUGUCGCAGAUUACUAUCGCUUUUUCCUGGCGCCUGGCGUUCAGCAUUGUCAUAGUGGUACGGGCUUUGACCCUAGUGCCACCACCUUUGAUGUAUUGAGAAGCUGGGUUGAAAAUGGUACAGUGCCAGAUACAUUAAAGGCCACCGCUGCGGCAGUUGGAAGCUCGAAUACCAAGUCUUCUACGCGAACGGGAAACCUCUGUUUGUAUCCCAAAGUCUUCACCUACACUGGAGACGAUCCCAAUAAGGCAUCUUCAUUCUCGUGUGUUUGA